GUCAGUAGCAGUGCCACGACAACAGCGCCACGUCAGCAGCAAGGCCACGUCAGCAGUACCGCGUCAUCAACACCGUACAGCUAACUGCAGCUUAUGCUCCGACGCAGCAACCGCAUCGCAGCACGAGAAGGGCGGGCAGCCGCAGCAGAACAGCAGCUACCUCUGCCCCACCCCUCUGAAAUGGACACCCAGGGCAACCCCACGGUGGACAAUGCCGCAUCCGGCAGUCCAAGUGAAGCAUGCAGCUCGAACCACCCGGCCCCACAGGCCCAGCAGGAGGGUUCCACUGCGACUUCUGCGGGAACCCUCGACGCUGCACCAGUCCGGCAGCAAGGAGAGACCAUGACGGCCUUCCUGGUCCGCCUGGGCACCUACAUGCAGCAGGUCCAAGAGGAACAACAACGUGAGGCGGCAGCCGAAGCGGCACGCCUCAAUGCCAUUGCACGCGCAGAAGAGCAACGACGCCGGCAGCAAGCUGACGCAGCUGCCAACCACAAUAAAGCUCGGAGAGAUGCCGCGUCUGUCCUCAUGCAGCAGGAAGCCGCUCAUACCGCCGCACUCCAAGCAUGGCAUGUUGACCCGACGGAAACAACGGAACCUGCUACGGAGGACCAGACUAAGUCAGCUCUCGCCAGCAUGAUGCACCAAGUCAUCCUCACUUGUAACUGGCAACAAGGGGAGCUGGCUCGGCAGGCACCUACCAUCACUAAGCACACGGCAUCGUCAAGCAUCGAUCCAUCGAUACGCGAGCUGGAAGAACGAAUGGAUCACCUCGUCGCACUUGUCGGCAAUUUGAAAAGUUUCCGACAUCCGACAACCAUCAGCCAGCAAAUAGCCGCCCUACAAGCGGAGCUGCGUCAACUGCAGCAGCAACCAACUGGGACCUGCAACAACGUGACACCGAAACAGUACAAGAUGCCGAAGUUCAGCAUAGACAAGUUUGAUGACUACCACAAGGUGGACCCCAUCAGUUGGUGGCAAGGAUUCACCAAUGAGCUCGACAUCCACUUGGUCCCGCCCGAGUCGAAGAUCUCAGCGCUUUACCUCUGCAGCACCAGUGCCAGCCAAGUGUGGCUCAACCACCUAGCUCAAACCGAAGGCGUCGACGUCUCGAAGCUCUAUACCAAGAUCACUUGGGAGGCCAUGACCAAGAAGUGGCGGAAACGCUUCAUCGUCGACGAUGCUCAGGGCAAAGGCGUGAACCGAAUCUUCAGCAUGCAUCAAGGCAGCCAGCCAACACGCGAAUGGUUAACCGAGUGGCAGAAAAUCGUGACGAUUCCGAAUUUGGACAUCCCAUUCGUACAUCUUCGUCGCAAAUUUUUCCAGCUGUCAGUGGACGCGUUGAGCACGGCCCUUGGGAAGCGCAGCCUGUACACGGACUUCGACCAGAUCGUGGAGAAGGUGCGCAAAGUCAUCCAAACCAAUCGGUGGGCAGCCAACGAGCGGCGAAGCCAACCAACUUUUGUGGAAAAAGGCAAAGGCCCGCGGCUGCAGCAAGUCGCUGCUGUCCAAGGAAAUGGACAAGAGAACGACCAGGCGAUGACUCACGAGUCUAGUGAAGGAGACGGAGUCAACGCCCUUCCGCCACGACGCAACAACAACAAGAAGAAGAAGAAGGCGAAAUCUGCGUCAACAAUGGAAGCCGGACAGCCGAAUGAGCCAUGGAAGAAGUUCAACCUCACGGAGGAGCAAUACAAACUCCGCCAGAGGUGGAGCUGUUGCUACUGGUGCAACAGCACCAAGCAUACGACGUCGCAAUGCCCUGACAAAGGCAAAGAAGACGUCCCAUUCGCAACUCCAUCGCACGGAACGACGUGGAGGACAUGGGCAUUUGUUUCUUGCACGCCCUCCCUCCUCACGACGAGCCAGCGGCGGAACAGCCACCGGAUCCACGCAUUGUACAACUUCUUGACUCCUAUGGCGACGUCUUUGAAGCCCCUGCCGGAAUCGUACCGAAUCAGCCAAUUCGUCACGAGAUCAUCCUCAAAGACGGGGCCGUACCUCCGCGCGGAUGUGUUUCGCAUGAGCGAGGAGGAACUCAAAGUGCUUCGAACGCAACUCGAUGACCACAUUGACAAAGGCUGGAUUCGCCCUCACUGCUCGCCCUACGGCGCACAUGUUCUCUUUGUUCGGAAGAAGAACAAGGAGUUGCGCUUAUGCAUUGACUAUCGCAAGCUUAAUGCUCAAACCAUUAAGAAUGUCGGCCCGCUCCCACGCAUCGACGAUCUUCUCGAACGAUUGGGCGGUGCCAAGUAUUUCUCCAAGUUGGACCUCAGAUCCGGUUACCACCAGCUCGAGAUCCAUCCAAGAGAUAGGUACACAACCUCGUUCAAGACACGGUACGGGCACUUCGAGUGGGUCGUAAUGCCAUUCAGCCUCACGAAUGCCUCGGCCACCUUCCAAGCGGCAAUGACAACGGAGUUUCGCGACAUGUUGGACCGGUUCGUGCUCAUCUACCUCGAUGACAUCUUGGUGUAUAGCCGAACUUUGGACGAGCACAUCGUGCAUCUACGUGCUGUUUUGGACAGGCUUCGCGAAGAAGUUGGCCCUGUUCGAAGACGAGGCGGCCAAGAAGAGGCAUAUGAAAGAGGAGUUGGAGAAGUGGAAGCCGGAGAAGAGGAAGAAGAGGAGGAAGUGGAGUUGGUUGCAGUCGAGGCCGAAGAAGAGGAAGAAGUGGAAGAAGUGGAGGUCGGAGAAAAACAGGCCUUGAUGGGAAGAAAGGGGGAGGCAAGUUCCCGUAGUACCCCACCAGAGGAGGUGGAGAAGGUAGUUAAGGAAUGGGUAGCUACUCUGUCAUUGGGGGAAGAUAAAGAGGCAGAACUGAUGGUACCCCAAGCAGAAAGAGAAGUUGCCAGAGAGUUUGAAGGAGAAGUGGAUACCUUGCACCGACAAGCAAGGGAACAAGAGAAGCAAUUGGAGUGGAAGUUGCGCCUGGCCCAGGAACGGGCGAGGCGCUUGGAGGUGGCAAAGAGGUUGAAAAGAGACAUGAAGGCGGUCGAGACGAAGAUGCGGAAGAUCAGGGAAAAGACUGAAAUAGGAAAGAAAAUGACAGCCUGACCCAAAGCAUAGAUUCCCUACUGACCACCCAAAGAGAGCGAUGAAAGCAUAUUUGUGGCCACGAUAUCGCGCUAGAAUCCGUACAGGUUGGAUUCAAAGAAUUCGCACGAGACAUGAUGACACAUUUACUGGGGGAGAUCCAUAGCGCGAUAGGAAAGACCGAUAAAUUUUGCACGGGCGC